AUGUCCGCCGAAAGCCCUGGUCCUAAGCAAUCGGGCUUCAAGUCCUUCUUUACCAAUGCCCUCCGUCCUAAAAAAUCCCGUCAAACCCUCCGCAAAGGUGGUAGUCGGUCCAUGACCGACCUGCGACUAUCAUCCACGCGACCUAGCACUAGUGCCGAUGAACCUAUACCUCCAAUGCCUGACUUAGCCCCUCUACAGGCACACCGUGCCAAAUACCAGCAUACACAUGCGAAUUUAGAUACGCAACUCGGCGAACGUCGCGAUUAUACAACAAUCAUCCAUACCCUGGGCGUGCUGGAGCCAGAUGAUACCUACGGACCUGCAGAUAUCAACAAUGAAUACCGCGAUCCGGGCGAAGGAGACAUUGCCAAACUCUCGCCACAACUCUGGGCCCAAAUAGCAUCUUAUCUAAACCCACGCGACGCAGCUUGUCUCGCCAUAUCGACAAUAACCCUCUACAGACGCCUUGGCCCUCGUUACUUCCUCACCCUCGAGGCACCGAAGAAUGCUCAACACAAAUUAGACUUCCUCGUUUCCAUCGAUCAAACCCUACCCCACCACCUCCUUUGUUUUCCCUGUGCCCUCUAUCAUCGUCGCACGUCAGAAGGCUCAGAACGCCUCAAACCCGCCCACAUCAUCAAUCCGCUCUUCGUCUGCCCCGAAGCUACGAACUCCCUCAACCCACCACCCAGACACCGCAUAACCCACGGUCGCUCUCUACCAUUUUCCUUUGUACAACUUAUUCUUCGCGCUCACCGCUUCGGUCCUUCAUACGGCAUCCCCGUUGACUCAAUGGGUCGUCGCUGGUCCCGCGAUGGCUGGUCACAUACCACCCGCUACCUUAUUCACGACGGUCGCCUCCUAAUGCGUGUAAUCAGCCAAACAUUUGCAGAGCCAGAUCUCCCUAGGUCCGCACAGCGAAUUCUCCUCCACUCGCGCGAGGACUAUUGGCCAUAUUUCUCGGCCUGUGCGCACUGGCGCGAUGGCGAGUUAAUGCCCGCUUGUCGCUGUGCAUUGGAUCAUGUUCCCAGCCGUCGCAACUCAGGUGGACUGCAAGAUCUAGAAAACAAAGUGAAAGAUAAAUGGACGGGAAAACGGUUUGAUCCAAAUGCAUUGACAAGCCUAUGUGGGUUCUGUAAACCCAUGAGGCGAUGCCCCGAGUGUCCGUCGGAGUAUUUGCUUGAGGUGAAGCUUUCUGAGGAUCGAACUGAUAUGCGCGGCGGAGUGGUUUUUCGACAGGCGAUUGUUGUUACAAGGUGGACUGAUUUGGGCGAUGGGACAAGUCCGUCGGGCAUUGAGUGGGCGUCUGUUAAUGGGUUUUCUGACAAGUAUGAUUCUUUUACCCAUCCUAAUUAUGCCAAAAGAGGAAUUGCUAGUAUCUUUGAGUCCGCCUUUACUGCGGAUACUUUGCCUGGGCAAAGGAUGAUCUCAAUGAAUCCCAAAAAGAAGAAGUUGGGAGAACAGGGCCAUGAGUGGUAUUAG